AACACUUCAUGCUUUAUCUGAAAGUGAAAGGAGGAAGAAGAAGAAGAGGGAAGGGGUAAGGUUUGAAUGUUGAAUGGGGAAUCAGAAGCUGAAGUGGACGCAGGAUGAAGAAGAUGCCCUAAUCGCUGGAGUGGAAAAGCAUGGCCCUGGGAAAUGGAAGAACAUUCUCAAAGAUCCCCAAUUUGCCCCUUUCCUCACUUCCCGUUCCAACAUCGACCUCAAGGAUAAAUGGCGAAAUUUGGGUGUGAGUAAUGGUGCUCAAGGGUCCAAAGAAAAAUCCAGGGUUCCCAAACUCAAAGCUCCUUCUCCUGCUUCCAGUGCCACUCUACAAAUUACUGCUGUGCCUCAGCAAACGGCACCUUCUGAUCCUUCUCAAAAUGACCAUGAUGUCAAAAAUCCUCCAAGGUAUAAUGCAAUGGUUUUUGAAGCUUUAUCAACACUAAAAGAUACCAAUGGAUCUGACCUAAAUGCCAUUGUUAGUUUCAUCGAGAAAAAGCACCAGGUUCCUCAAAAUUUCAGAAGAGCAUUAAGUACAAGGUUGAGGAGGCUUGUUAGUCAAGGGAAACUUGAAAAGGUACAAAAUUGUUACAAGAUAAAAAAGGAGGCCUCAUCAGGGACAAAAUCGCCUACACCGAAACAAAAGGAUGUCCGGCCACAACGGCCAUUGCCAGCCUCUGCUUUUAUGGCAUCUAAUGAGACAAUAAAGGAAGCUGCUGAUACUGCGGCCUACAGAGUGGCUGAUGCUGAAAGCAAAUCAUAUUUGGCCGCUGAGGCAAUCAAGGAGGCAGAAAGAAUCUCAUGGAUGGCUGAAGAUACUGAUUCAAUGUUACAGCUAGCCAAAGAGUUUUAUGAACAAUGUUGCCGCGGUGAAAUUAUCCCCUUGGCUUAAGUUGUUCAAUGCAAGGUCGAUAAAUAGAUUCCUCCUGAUUUCACUUUCUGUUUAUAAAAAUUUGUUGAUCCAAUGAUAUUGUAUUUCAACUUUUUUUGGGGGGAAUUUAUUUUAUCAGAUUCCUUUGGCAUUUUAAUUUCUUAUUGCGUGGCAUGUGAUGUUUAUAGGCCGAACAUGUCUUUAUGUAUUAAUAGUAACAGUCCACUGAAUCUAUCUGGAUUUGGAUCCAAUGUAGGAGUAAAUCUACGACAGGAGUAGGUACAUCCUUAUCAAAAAAGAAAAAAAUAGGGAUAUGAAAGGAAAAUUUUUUAAAGGUAAGGAUA